AUUCCAAAAAAUGAUGAUAGGACUGUUAUAGCGUAUGGAUGCCGCAAUUGUAUGCCACCAAUAAAGCAGUUCUUAAGCUACACUACCUUCCUCAAUCCUCUUCAUCACCAUCACCAUCACCAUCUUCAACCACGUCCUCUCUCCUUUAACAACCUCAAGCUCCCUAACUUCAACCUUCUCCUUACGGUAACUGUCUCUUCUUCAGGAUGGAGCGCUUUUGGAGUGGAAGUGGGAUCAACAAGAACAAACAAAUGGUCGAGCAUUUGCAGCAUUAUGGAGUGAUUUAAUCGAUGAAGGUUGCUGAAGUGAUGGAGACUAUCGAUAGGGGGUUAUUUGUACCAGAUGGGACAUCGGCUUAUGUUGAUAGUCCGAUGCCAAUAGGUUUACAAUGCCACCAUUUCCGCACCACAUGUGCAUGCUACCUGCCUUCAAUUAUUGGAGGAAAAUUUGCAGCCCGGUAUGCACGCUUUAGAUGUCGGCUCAGGGUAAAUCCCACCUGUCAAGUGUCAAUGGCCAUCAAGAAAAGGGUCGGAUUACGAGACUCGAUGGCUGCAUCUAGUUCCAGCAUUCCAGAAGAGUUUAGAACUGGAUACUUGACUGCUUGCUUUGCAAUAAUGGUUGUACCACGGGGUCGCGCUGUCGGUGUUGAACAUAUUCCCGAAUUGGUUGCUUCUUCCAUACAAAAUAUUGAAAAAAGUGCGGCAGCUCCAUUGUUGAAAGAAUGUUCUCUUUCACUGCAUUUCGGCGACGGAAGACAAGGUUGGCCAGAAUGUGCACCAUAUGAUGCCAUACAUGUUGGAGCAGCAGCACCGGAAAUACCUCAGCCUCUCCUUGAUCAAUUAAAGCCAGGUGGUCGAAUGGUUAUUCCUGUAGGAAACAUGUUCCAAGACUUGAAAGUAGUGGAUAAAGCUUUGGAUGGUUCGAUUAGCAUCCGAAGUGAGACGUCAGUCCGGCAUGUUCCCUUAACCAGUCGUGAUGCUCAGUUGAGGGGUUAUUGAGAUCGGAAACGUUCAUCUCUUAUGCAGCAGCUUGUUUGAAAGUCUUUCAAUACUGAACACCUUAUUGUACGGAAUAUAAUGAUCAAACAUUGCAUUUACCAGA